GGCAGACUCUGAGUAAAACACUCCUCACUGCAGAGUUCAACUCACCCUCACAGCCACCAUGACCUUCGACGGCAACUGGAAAAUUGAUAGCAAUGACAACUAUGAGAAAUUCAUGGAACAGAUGGGAAUUAACAUGGUGAAGAGGAAGCUGGCUGCUCACGACAACCUGAAGAUAACCAUCGAGCGGACUGGAGACAAGUUUAAAAUCAAGGAGAACAGCAAGUUCCGCACCCUGGAACUAGACUUCACCCUGGGUGUUACCUUUGACUACAGCCUUGCAGAUGGAACAGAAGUAUCAGGCUCCUGGACCAUUGAGGGAGACAUGAUGAAGGGGCUGUUCACAAGGAAGGACAACGGAAAGAUACUGACAACAACCAGAAUUGUCCAAGGAGAUGAACUUAUACAGACCUACAACUAUGAAGGUGUGGACGCGAAGAGGAUUUUCAAGAAGUUUUAGACUGAACUAAUGUUUGACUUGAGGAUCAAUACAGUAUUGUGUUGAAUUAUCAACAAUUUAUACCAACAUAACCUGUAAAACGUGCACUAGCCUACUUGGAACACCCAUAAAGUAUGUGAAACAGAUUUGACUUUUUGUACCUUCAGUAAUAAAAACAUACUGUUACUGCCUAU